CUCGUUCAACACCAAUUUCCACUGCCGAUUGUUUAGAAAAAAAUAAAACCACUGGCGACGAGGAGGUCGCUCGACAAUGAGCAGGAUACUGGUGAUUGGCGGGACGGGGAACAUCGGGCAGCACCUUGUGACUGCGAGCCUCAACGCCGGCCACCGGACGGCCGUGCUCGUCCGCCCUGCCACCGUCGCACCCGACUCCGACAAGGCGAAGCUCUUGAACUCCCUCGAGACCCGUGGAGUCAGCGUUGUCUACGGGGACAUGAACGACCACGGGAGCUUGGUGGCGGCGAUCAAGCAGCAUGGGGAGGUUGUAAUCUCCGCCGUCGGACACGGCAGGCCGGAGGAGCUGGACGGCCAGAUCAAGAUCGUCCAAGCGAUAAAGGAGGCUGGAGAUGUGAAGCGUUUUGUGCCAUCUGAAUUCGGGUGUGACGUGGAGCAUCAUGCCGAACGCACCCUGGAGCCGGCAAAGAGCAUGAUAGUGGAAUCCAAGCUUCGAGUUCGGCGAGCCAUCAGAGACGCAGGGAUUCCUCACACCAUCAUCUGCAGCUACUGGGCCAUUGGCUUGCUGUUUUCUACACUCGGCAACUCCGGAGAAAAUGGCCCUCUGUCGACAGGGGUGGACAUCUUUGGUGAUGAAAAAUCACGAGCCAUCUUUGUAGACGAGAAGGAUAUGAGUAUGCUGACCAUAAGAGCCGUGGAGGACCCACGAACGCUUGACAAGAUCCUGCACGUGCGCCCUCCCGCCAACAUGCGCUCCUUCGGCCAGCUCCUCCAUCUCCUGGAGAAGAAAACCGGCAGGACGUUCGAGAGGCACUACGUCACCGAACAGGAGCUCGCCAAGAAAAUCCAAGAGGCUCCGUUCCCUCUCAACUUUCAGCUGGCGAUGGUGCACUCGACGCUGGUGCACGGCGGGGCGGGCGAGCGCGCCGUCGACCCGGCCGUCGACGUGGAGGCGACGCAGCUGUACCCGAACAUACAGUUCGCCACGGUGGAGGAGUGCCUGGAUGGCCUUCUUCUCUGACUCUGACUGAGACUGGAAGAGCCGGUGUGCGAGCUGUGAUGUUACAUCGGCCGUUAUCUUAUCGCCGGCUUGUGUGGUUUCAUUUCAUUCAAGUUACAUUGUCAUGUGAUGUGUCAAAAAGAUCCCUAAAAUCAAGAUCCUCGUUUACGUCCA